CUUCGAAACCUUAAAUUCAAAGAGAGCGAGAGAUCAAGAAAGGAAGAGUGAUGCAGAAGCAGGAGUUCUUGGAGUUGUUCAAGGCUGCACAACGAGCGGCUAAGUAUGCGAGUGAUGAAAAUUCUCCGGAGGUCUCAAGGUGUAUCCAAUUCAUGAAGCGUUUGAAAGAAGCUCCUGCGACUCUUGUUAUUGACGUGGUGCUCAACACAAACUCCAUUGGAAACGGAAUCCGUUUUCUCCGAGAUCACAAAAACCCCCAAAUCCGAUCUGAAGCAGAACUUCUUUCAGAUCUUUGGCGCCGGUAUCUUUACGCCACCGGUAGAGAACAGAGUGAUAGAGAUUUGACGGUUUCCUUACUUUUGAAAUUUCAGGCGUCGGAGAAGAAGCUAUCGAACCCAAUGAGGGAUAUUAAAGUGCAGAAGCUGGUUCUCAACAUCUCCGUUGGUGAAAGUGGAGAUCGUCUCACCAGAGCUUCCAAGGUUUUGGAACAAUUGAGUGGUCAGACUCCUGUUUUCUCCAAAGCUAGAUACACUGUUCGUUCUUUUGGUAUCAGACGUAACGAGAAGAUUGCAUGCUAUGUAACCGUCAGAGGUGAGAAGGCAAUGCAGCUACUUGAAAGUGGAUUGAAAGUCAAGGAAUACGAACUUCUCAGAAGAAACUUCAGUGACACUGGUUGCUUCGGUUUUGGUAUUCAAGAACACAUUGAUUUGGGUAUCAAGUACGAUCCAUCAACUGGAAUCUAUGGUAUGGACUUCUAUGUAGUCCUAGAACGUCCUGGCUACCGUGUGGCACGUCGCAGAAGAUGCAAGGCUCGUGUUGGUAUCCAACACAGAGUAACUAAAGACGAUGCAAUGAAAUGGUUCCAAGUGAAAUACGAAGGAAUACUUUCUCCUGUUUGUACCGAUCUUUUGAAGUUCCAGAAUUCAGUUCUUAGCUCCAGAUCGGGUGCGUCGCCGCGGUUCUCGGCGAAGACAAGCGGUGCUUCUUCAUCUUGGGGCUUACCUCGGUACGCCGGAAGGAGGCGAAGUGGUUCCAUCGGAAGGUUGAGAGUUGCAACUGAGGAUGCUGCUUCUCUUUCCACCGGUGAUGUCGCCGAUGAUUACUAUGCCGUUCUCGGACUGCUUCCAGAUGCUACACAGGAGGAGAUUAAGAAAGCUUACUAUAACUGUAUGAAAUCUUGCCAUCCAGAUUUGAGUGGCAAUGACCCAGAAACCACAAAUUUCUGCAUGUUCAUUAACGAUAUCUAUGAGAUUCUCAGUGACCCUGUACAGCGUAUGGUUUACGAUGAAAUCCAUGGGUAUACAGUGACUGCCAUCAAUCCUUUUCUUGAUGACUCCACCCCAAGGGAUCAUGUUUUUGUUGAUGAGUUUGCUUGUAUAGGCUGCAAAAAUUGUGCCAAUGUGGCUCCAGAUAUAUUUAAAAUUGAGGAAGACUUUGGAAGAGCAAGGGCCUGUAAUCAGCGUGGCAACCCAGAUUUAGUUCAGCAAGCAGUUGAAACAUGCCCUGUUGAUUGUAUCCAUCAGACUUCUGCUGCACAGUUGUCAUUGCUUGAAGAUGAAAUGCGAAGGGUUGAAAGAGUGAAUGUUGCUCUGAUGCUUUCUGGAAUGGGAUCAGGAGCAGUUGAUGUUUUCAGAAUGGCGAGAUCUCGAUGGGAAAAGAGGCAAGCAAAAGUUUUGAAUCAAGCUAGAAGUAGAAUGAUGAAGAGGAAAAACACAGAUGAAACACCUUCCUAUUGGGAUAACCUCUGGGGCAAACAGAAUGAUUACCAGAAAAGCGAGGAAGAAGUACAAGAACGAGCACAGCGAGCAGCAGCAGCAGCCAGGAGAUGGAGGGAAUACUCACGAAGAGGCGUGGAUAAGCGCCCCACCUUCAAACUCCCAGACUCCGCCUCCAGAGGAGACAACUGAAACCAUAGACAUAAAUCACUUAUAGUUUA